UUCGUGUGUUCUUUGAUUCACGAUCUUCUUAAGCUCCGAUAUCUGAGCGAAAAAAGCUGUCAUUGUGAUGGAAUGGCCUAAAAAUCCUUAGAAUUAACUGGAAUUUGUAAAACAGUGAAGAGAUACUUUCCUGAAACAGAAGAUGAAGAUCUGUUGGCAGAUUGUAUGGACAUUUCAAAUCAUCACACUUGCCACUGCACAAGUUUUCCAAUACUUUCUUGUGGAUCAGAAAGGAGAAAACGCUAAAAUCCUCGACACAAUUAAACUACCGACAUGCACACACCUGGACAUCAGGAAAGAUGUCACGCUACGACAGGGAAUAAACGCAGGAAAAUUCACUAAACUUGGCGUGAUGCGUGACAUGCAGACGUGUGUAGACGCGUGCUGUCACGAUCCCUCGUGUGACGUAGCGUUCAUGCCUGGAAAUGUUUGCUAUACUGUGAAAUGUCAUUCUGAUAAAUCCUGUGAAAGUAUUCCCGCCAUACCGUCCAUGGCAGCCAAUGGGAGUGUGCAGAUCUCGCAUAUUGUCAGAGGUGGAGGAGAAGGUGAUGAUAUCGAGAACUUUAAAAAGACACAAGGAAUCGGAAAAUAUGUAACAAAGAAACCCCAUCACUGUGUCCCGAGUAGAAUCGCCUACAACUUUACACUGAGAGGGGGCAAGACAGCAGGCAAAGUGCAAGAGAUUGGAGUGGUCGACAACGUCUACGAUUGCAUUGAUCGAUGCUGUCAAAGUGAAUCCUGUGACGUUGCUUUCUUCUUGAAGCAGAAAUGUUAUACUGUAGAGUGCUACUCUGACGAACUCUGUCAAAGUGUCCCGGUGAAGAAAUCGAAAAGUUUUAAUCCGACGAUUGUGUAUAUGAAUAAACGAAACAAUAAAAGACAGAAACACAAAGAUUUCUGUGCUAAGCCAUGUGUUAAUGGACUGUGCGCUGGUGAAAAUAACUGCUUAUGUGAUCGAGGCUUUGAGGGCGAAGAUUGCAACAAAACUGCAAGAAUAGGUUUUUGCGGUUUUAGUGGCUGUGGAGUUUAUGGCAGGUGUCUUCAUAAUGACACAUGUCAAUGCGCUUUGGGGCACUUUGGUGACACCUGCAGCAAACGAUUAACGUGCAACCCUCCCUGUCACAACGGAGUCUGCGUUGACAACUCAACCGAAUCAAGAGAGUGUAAAUGUUACAUCGGCUGGGAAGGAAAGCACUGUAACAUUUCAAAUGGAGCAACUAUAGUUAAUGCAAAAGACGGAGAAGAAGUUCUAUUCACGAAGAUGAGCGAACAAACAGAUCUUCAAAUCCAUGACCUCACUGGUUCCGAUUCGGCGGAGUCCAUCUCCUCGCUUGCUGUCGCCAUUGGAUGUGGUGUUGCGGCUGCAAUCGUCGGGACAGCUGCUGUUGCAUUGGUGGCGCGGAGAGUUCUGGGUAAAAAGUCAACAAAUUAUGAACUUUUGCGAGAACCAAUCAGACAUCGAAUGUAAUAAGAAAAAACAUCUAAAACGCACUGAAACUUUUCCUUGUGUUGCAAAAUUUCGGAGACAAGCCUAUGUACAUAAUGUGAAGGUGUAAGUGUGAUACGUCAUUCAAAAGUUACUUUUACCUUGAUCCUUUGCGGUAUCAAAUUCUCCCCUCUAGGGUGGACUUGGUCUAUGUCCGUGGGGGGAAGGCAAGGGAUUUUGGUUAACUUAUAGCAGAACUUUAUGUUAGGCUUAUUAUGCUAAAGCUAUGUUUAGAGUUAAAAAUAGCCGCUACCAUAUUUCGUACUAAGAUUUAAAAGUGACCAAGCCCUAACACGUAAAUAAGGCUGUGAGGAUAAUGAUGCUUUAAUGACAAACAUAGCAUUGAAUCAAGGCUGUGGGAAGCAAUGUGUUACCCUUGAAGCCUCGAUUUAAUGUUUUGUGUUAGGGCAGUAAAAAUGGCAACCAUUUUAGGAAAUAUGUAUAUUGUAUCAAUAUUAGUUUUAUAAAUCUAAAGCCUACAAAAAGUAAAUCGCAAAAUUAGAAAAAGAAAAAGAAUAAAACAAUAUUUGUAAACUUACGAUAAAAAAUUCAUUGUUUUUUAAAUAAAAAAGUAAACAAAAUUCAUGACCAUGGCUUGUUCUCUAUACUGCCUGCACGAUUAUGUAAAAGCCUGAGAAAAAAGCUCCAAAGCGCAACGUAAACUUAACUCCUUAGAUUAUGUGCAUGCUGAGUUAGUUUGAACUUUAGGACGUAUUUGUCAUUCUACCUCAAUCCUUGGCCAUCUUGAAACACUUAUUUUGUUUGGGAACACAAUUUAUGCAUGAAAUUACUUUAAAAGAUUUGUAUAUGCAACCCGCAAAGGAUCAUGGUAAAAUGACAUACUAUGACGUCAGAUUUGACUAUCUUGAAUGCGGUAUAAAAGUGUUUUUUACUUGGGAGAGGAAA